AUGCGCCCUACUUCCUCGAUGCUCUUUCGAGCUGUAAGAGCUCUUCAACAUGAAAAUCCCCUGGGUCUCCCUCGAUCGGGUACUCCACCAAAUUGGCCAAAACGGCCUCAGAGACGGAAGAUUACCGGUGUAGACAAAGUCAUCGCCGUCUCCUCUGCCAAAGGCGGCGUUGGCAAAAGCACAGUCGCUGCAAACCUAUCACUAGCUUUUGCUCGACUUGGCUUCCGCGCUGGAAUUUUAGAUACUGAUAUUUUUGGCCCUUCUAUUCCGACCUUAUUCGAUCUAUCGGGAGAGCCCAGGCUAUCCAGUAACAAUCAGCUCGUACCCCUAACUAAUUACGGAGUCAAGACAAUGUCAAUGGGCUAUCUGGUGGGCGAAAGUGCUCCAGUUGUUUGGAGAGGGCCAAUGGUUAUGAAGGCGAUUCAGCAACUCCUCCACGAAGUAGACUGGGGUGGCUUGGAUAUUCUUGUGUUGGAUUUGCCUCCCGGAACUGGCGAUACGCAGUUGACCAUAACUCAGCAAGUAAUUCUAGACGGGUCUGUUAUUAUCACCACACCACACACUUUGGCAACGAAAGACGCAGUCAAGGGCAUAAACAUGUUCAAAACUGUUGGCGUCAACAUCCUUGGCAUGGUGCAAAACAUGUCUCUCUUCAAUUGCCCUCACUGCCAUCAGGACACUCACGUUUUUGGAUCAAAUAAAAGGGUGGAAAAGCUAUGUCAAGACCAUGAAAUUCAGUUUCUAGGAGACAUUCCGCUUCAUCCCAACAUUGGUGAUGAUGGAGAGAGAGGAAAGCCGACUGUCGUCGCUGAGCCAUCCAGCGAACGAGCAUCGGCGUUUCUCGAUAUCGCUAAAGCUAUUUGCCCCAAGAUUGAUCUAAAAGAACACGAGCAUCACAAUCACUAA